AUGAGGUGUUGCACCGGCGAUGGUUUGAUUAAAAGACUGGACAUGAAAGUCUGCAGGUGUGUGUCCCAGAGCAGUUGAAGAGUGCUGUGUUGCAGGAGUUACAUGACCAGUGUGGACACUUGUCAGUGCGCAAGACUACAGACAAUGUGCGGAAACGCUCUUACUGGAUUGGCUACACUGCGGAUGUUGAACUGUACUGUCGUACUUGCCACACUUGCGGCUCCAGAAAUGGACCAAUACCACGGGUGAGAGCGCCCAUGCAAUCUAUUAAGACGGGCUACCCACUAGAGAGGAUUCAGAUUGACAUUCUCGGCCCCCUUCCAGAGACCAACAAAGGAAACAAGUAUGUUGCUGUUGUGGUGGACAUGUAUACAAAGUGGCCCGAAGCGUACGCCUUACCUGCUCAAGAGGCUAACACGGUCACCCAGACUGUCAUGGACAACUUUGUAUGCCGCUUCGGUUGCCCUCGUGGUAUACUCAGCGACCAGGGCCGCAAUUUUGAGUCUAGGACAUUCCGUGGCUUAUGCAGCUUCAUUGAGUCCGUCAAACAAGGGACAACGCCAUACCACCCUCAGUGUGAUGGGGAUGCGGAAUGACUUAUCCGUACGGUUACCGGUGUUAUUGUCAAGGUUGCGGAGGAGCAAGAGGAGUGGGAUCAGUAUCUUCCUAAGGUCCUCCUGGCUUUGCGUGCAUCCAUCAAUGGGACGACCGGCUUCUCACCCAGUAUGCCCAUGUUCGGCAGGGAACUGAGAUUACCUAUUGACGCAAUGAGGGAGGAGCCUCCUUCAGAACAACCGCCUGAUUUUCCAUCUUUCGUCAAGAGACAGCAAGAAAUUCUUAAGGGAGUGUAUGGACGAGUAGGGGAAAAUCUGCGAGUCAACCUUCGUCACCAGAAAGAUGUCUGUGACGCGCGCUGCAAGGGAAACACAAAGCCGUACCAAGUGGGUGAUCUGGUGUGGUUAGAGGAAAAUGCCGUUCUGAGGUGGGUACAGCGGAAAUUCUAUCCCCCCUGGUCCGGACCGUGGCGAGUAGUGAAGGUCAUAUCUAACGUCACCUACAGAAUACAGUGCGAGGAGGCCGCACCCACACGGGGAAGAAGGAAAACGAGAAUGAUUGUGCACUUUAACCGUCUUAAACCGUACUACGGAGACCCCCUCAGCUUCAGCCGACAUUGCAUGACGUCGAGAGAGACGCUGGCCAACCUACGGAUCUGA